AUGCCAACCCCCAACAUCUCCACCUCUGCAGCCAAAGGCUUCCGCAGGGCGGUGUCAGAGCUGGACUCCAAGCAAGCCGAGGCCAUCAUGUCUCCACGGUUCAUCGGUAGACGUCAAAGCCUCAUCGAGGAUGCCAGGAAGGAAAGAGAGGCUGCAGCCGCAGCCACUGAUGCCGCAGAGUCCACAGAGACAAUUGUCUUUGAGGAGAAGGAUGGGAGAGCCAUGCUGAACCUCUUCUUCAUGCUCAAGGGAGCCAAAACAUCACCACUGUCCCGAGCACUCAAGGUGUUUGAGACAUUUGAAGCUAAAAUUCACCACCUGGAGACAAGACUGAGCCGAAAGCCCCGUGAAGGGACUGCUGAAUUGGAGUAUUUUGUGCGCUGUGAAGUCCACAGCUCUGACCUCAAUACUUUCAUUAGCUCCAUCAAGAGGGUAGCAGAUGAUGUGAGGACCACUAAAGAAGACAAAUUUCACUGGUUUCCCAGAAAGAUCUGUGAAUUGGACAAGUGUCACCAUCUGGUCACUAAAUUUGACCCUGACUUGGACCUGGAUCACCCGGGCUACUCUGACCAAGCAUACCGCCAGAGGAGGAAAUCAAUAGCAGAAAUCGCUUUUCACUAUAAGCACGGGGACCCAAUCCCUCACGUGGAGUACACAGCAGAGGAGAUCGCUACCUGGAAGGAGGUGUACAGCACUCUGAAGAGCCUGUAUCCAACCCAUGCCUGCAAGGAGUACCUUGAAGCUUUUAAUCUACUGGAGAAAUUCUGUGGCUACAAUGAGAACAACAUCCCCCAGCUGGAGGAGGUCUCCCGCUUCCUGAAAGAGAGGACCGGCUUCCAGCUCCGGCCUGUGGCCGGCCUGCUGUCCGCACGGGACUUCCUUGCCAGCCUGGCUUUCCGUGUGUUCCAGUGUACGCAGUACAUCCGCCACGCGUCUUCACCCAUGCACUCCCCCGAGCCGGACUGCUGUCAUGAGCUGCUGGGGCACGUCCCGAUGCUGGCCGACAAGACAUUUGCCCAGUUCUCUCAGGACAUUGGUCUUGCAUCUCUGGGAGCAACUGAUGAAGAAAUUGAGAAACUGGCAACUCUUUACUGGUUUACAGUGGAGUUUGGGCUCUGCAGACAGAAUGGGAUAGUCAAAGCCUAUGGGGCCGGGCUCCUGUCAUCUUACGGGGAGCUCAUACACUCCUUGUCAGAUGAACCAGAGGUGCGGGACUUCGACCCUGAUGCUGCUGCUGUUCAACCCUAUCAGGACCAGAACUACCAGCCUGUGUAUUUCGUGUCUGAGAGCUUCAGUGAUGCCAAAAACAAACUGAGGAGCUAUGCGGCACACAUCAAACGGCCCUUCUCGGUGAAAUACGAGCCCUACACCCACAGCAUCGAGCUGCUGGACAGCCCCCAGACCAUCCGCCACUCCCUGGAAAGCGUAAGGGAUGAGCUGCACUCGCUGAUUAAUGCGCUCAAUGUCAUAAGUUAA